ACUGAGCUCUGACAAUCAAUUCGAGUGAUUAUAUAUGGUGAAACAUGAAGAAUCAUUGGUAUGGCUAGUAUCGCCCGAGAGUCAGCCGUAAUGGGACAUCAAUUUGUCGACCUCCAGGUUCUUUGAGGAGAUGAAAGGCCAACAGCCUCGGAACCGAGUAUAUCGACUCAUGGGGAGUCCUCAGGCAUCUGCCAAGGAACGGGAAAAUGUGGCCUGAGGUUUGACUUGAAGCUCGACCCCACAGCUCAGGGCGUAAAUAAAGGGAGACGGCAAAAGACAACAAAGAACUCGGUUCUCCAAGUCUUUGAUAGCCGUUUACUCCUAGACCGGGACGGGACGGGGUCUUUGUCGCCAGUCCAGAUCUUUCCUGACUAGCGUGGUGUCUUUCAGCUCCUGGCGUUAUGAUUGCUGGGCGGGUCUCACCCUAUCGAUCGUCGAGUCCUCCGGCUCUCAUCUCAUCCCAUCAGCUUCCACACCCUUGACUUCCUCCCUCAUCCCCCUCCAGCCAUUCAGUUUCAGUCUUUGGACAGCUGGGUCUGGUUCUUUCAUCCUCCCGCUUCUGUGCGAUCUAUUUUCAUCUGGCUAUUUAUUCUCCUGAUUGCUCUUUUCAUGGCCCGAUGCGAUGUGAGCAUCCGUGGACCGCAAGCUGUCUUCUGUCGCAUAACAGUUCCUCUUCACUGACCACCCUGUCAUUCACUGUGUAUCCCGCGAAAAUUAGCAGCAAUCGAGAAGAAAUGGACUCCGAACUCUGAGAACCACUUCUCCCUCCGACUUUCCUGCACAACUCACCUCGCCUACCUUGCGGACUUCUCCUUUUACCCCACAUCUCGCCGGCUUCCCCGACUCUCUGAGAUUCCCGCGCUGUCUCCCACUCCUCCACCUCUUCCCUCUCCGUCGAGUCGACGCUAGUCCACUCUAUAAAAUAUCCCGGGAUGGUCUCUGAGGAGCUCCUGGAGGAUUGUCUCCAAAUCCUUCAGGAUAAAUCCCUUGAUGAAGAAGACCAAGUCGAGAAGAUUGAGGAGUUCCUCGGCGAGAAGACCUCUCUAUCAGGAACUUCACUCGAAAAUGCCGUCCUCGACAUCCUCUGGCGACACCGAAACCGCACCCUUCCGGAUUCCUCCCCACCACCACCCCGUCAUACCGUUAUUCGUCGGUCAUCCCCUGCCCCGUGGCAGAUGGCUCGAUCGUCCACACCAUUAUCCCCCCACUCCAAUCUAGGAACCAGUCCUGGAAGUACGUCAUGGAUGCAGAGCUCGCGAAGUGGCUUUCCUCGACCACCUCUAUCGUCAACAGCAUCGCCAUUUACUUCGCCUCGUCCUUCUCCAAGGCUUGCGCUCGCCCAGCCUAUACCCCAUUCGCCGAACCUGAAUGCAUACGAAUUCUCAGAUCAAAGCCAGCUCUCAGACUUUUACGGUGACUUUGGUAACGACAGUAACGUGGACUGGUUGGUUGCGGAUGAUGCGAAUAGCACAACGUCGUCCGUGGGUACUCUGAGUAUUCAAGGUGGCUUGAGCGCCACGGCACCGGAAUUCGUGCCUGAUAUGAGCCCCCAUGAUAUCUUGCGCACUGUUCUUGGGGACAAACGAUCCAACGAUGAGAUAGAAACAGCGCUAGAAGCAAACGGUUAUGAUUUGGGCGCCACCAUAGCUGCUCUUUCUCAAGGGGUUGAUCUUGGGGCAUCCUCCACUACGCCGGAUGGUGACACCCGAGUUCUGGUGGGGAAAUCCAUGUCAAUGGAUCCUCCAAAGACCACAGGGACUCCAGUACAAAAUCGCAGCCCUGUGGUCUGCAAGUAUUGGUUAUCUACUGGUCAAUGCCUCCGCGCAGACUGCCGCUUUAGUCAUGACCUAACCAGUCACCUUUGCAAAUACUGGGUAAUGGGAAAUUGUCUUGCUGGGGACGGGUGCCCCUUUUCUCACGAUCCGUCUGCGCUGGUUGCAAACCUCAGCAUUGACGGCAAUAGCUCGACUAAUCCUGCCGGCAUCGCCUUUCAAGUCGACAAUGCUCCAGACGCAUUUCCUCCUUUGCAGUCAACAGGUGGAUCGGCUGAUCAAUGGGUCGGCCAACAAGGAGGUAAAUACCCAGGAUACCUAUUUGGCCACCACCCUGUAGGUAAAAACAACUCGCACUUUGGGGGCGCCAAACGCAAUGGGAGCGUGACUAGUUUAUCACGACCCCACUCUCGCCCAGGAAGUCGACAUCAACAUCGUGAGUUGAACCCAUCAGCGCCGUCCGUGGAUGAUCCAGAUGCCUUUCCGACACUUGCCGCUGUCAGUUCCAAAAAUUCAGGCAAGAAGAGUCACGGGAAACGGAACCGUGAAAACAACUCCACAAGAGAUAACCUACCUACGUCUCUUGCAGAUGUAGUCCGCAUGUCCCCUUCGCCCACUCCAGGAAAGGGCAAAUCCUCAUCCAAGUACAAUCGAGAAGGGGCCAAGGGUCGUGAGAACAGCGCUGCCGCGCAGUCUAUACCAGCACCACAGCAUAUUCCCUGGCUUGAAACGGGCUCGCGGACCAACCAGCAAUAUAUCAAGUACCGAACAGAGGCUAUUCGCCAUGGUACAGUGAGAAACAAGUUUCUCCAAAGUGCUGCUCAGGCUUGGAACCGGAACGACGCACGAGCCGCGAAGGCCCUAUCACUCCGCGGCCAAGCUGAAAAUGAGGCGAUGCGCAAAUGCCAUCGCGAAGCCGCGCGACAAUUGUACGAAGAACGCAACAAACACCUACAAAACGCAGGACUGGACGACGCAAUGGAGGAGCUAUACGUCGACCUACAUGGUUUACAUCCUGAAGAGGCUAUUGAGUACCUCGAGAAAAUCCUCAUCAAACACGCGCGAGAGGGCCACCGUGUGAUCUACGCCAUUACCGGCACCGGCCACCACUCCAAGAAUGGAAAGGACAAGAUCGGGAAAGCAGUCAAAGCCUGGCUGAACGAGUGGAAAUAUAUCUUUCGGGAGUUCAGCGUUCCCGGCGAACGCGGUGGGUAUGUCGGCGGAAUCCUCGGUAUUGACCCCACGAGCUACGACAAGGCCAUGGCCAAGAGCCUUGAAGAAAGUGGCGAUGGAAAGGGGGAUGACGACCUUGGGAACCAACCCAUUCUCACUAUGGGCAAGAUCCAGCUCCUCAAGCGUGGAGAUAUAGGACCGCAACAGUAACAGAAUACAGAAUAUUUGAAUUUACCAUAUGCAAUGAGCUAGAACUAGUUCGCGGCAUCGUAAUCAUCCACAAUAUCUAACAAAUACAGUCAAGAUACUAACCUACUCAGGCUCCUGAUCCCUCCACUUCUUCUUCAGCGCCGCAACAUCAAAGUCACACGCCUCCGCCUUCUUAACAAUCGACUUGGCCUUUUCAGCAACCGGAACAUCAAUCAUCUUCCCAUCCAACGUCCAAGCGCCCCUCCCGGCCCUCGCAGCCUUCUCAUCCGCAAUGACAACCCUCACAGCCCACGUAACCUCCUCAACAUCCGGCCCAUAAAUCCUCUGCACAGUCUCCACCUGAGAAGGAUGAAUACACUGCUUCCCAUUGAAUCCUAGCCCCCGGCCGCCACGACAUUCGUCCUCCAACACGGCAGGCGGCGACCCAUCGCCCUUAUCCGAUUUAUACGUCGUGCAGACGAGAUCAAUCGUUGAGGGCAGAUUCGCCGCCCGCGCCGCGGUAGCAAUUGCAGAGCGCGCGAAGAGGAAUUCCGUGAGUGAGGGCGUCCGCGUGAGGCUGAGGUCCAGGGCAAAGUCUUCGGCUGCGAAGAUGAGGCCCUGCAGGUAGGGAGUUGCGGCGGUGAUUUGGGGCAGGUUUGUGAUUGAUUUUGCGGACUCGAUGAGGGCGAGGAGCGAGAUUGGGGGUCUUUCCUGUUGUGGGGAUUGCGCCUGGGUGGCUUGUUGGGCCAGAGUGUGGUGUAUCACGUCUGUGACGAACGUGAGGUCCGAGGCCGAGUUGACCUUUGGGAUCACGAUUGUGGACAGGUUGGGGGAUUUGAGCUUCGAUAUCUUGAUUAGCGGGAUUGUCUUCUUAUCGUAUAAUAGAGGAAUUAUUUGGGGAACGUAC